UUCCUAAUUUGCUUUUUUCCAAUUCAGAGACUAGAAGUUGGCAUAAACAAUAGAUCAACUCUCUCCAUUGACCAAAGUCCCAAGGGAGAGCUCUAAUGUGGCCAUAAUUAAACAUCAUGAGGAAACACAAUACUUCAUUGAGGAAUUCAGGUACAUAUACUAGCCCGUCGACACCAGAAUAUGGAGAUGAUCAUUUUGAAGGAUUUCAGAAAGGAUGGAGUUCCGAGCGAGUUCCCUUGCCAACUAAUAGUAGUAGGAGACACAUUACUGCUACUGCAUUGAUGCCGUUUAAUAGUGGAAGGGCAUUGCCUUCUAAAUGGGACGAUGCGGAAAGGUGGAUUACAAGUCCAGUAUCAGGUUAUGCCACUCCCAAGGCUUCUUCAAAUGUGCAAUUGCAAAAACAGCCUAAGUCUAAAAGUGGACCACUUGAGAAUCCUGGACUUAUGUUCAUGCCAAACUAUUCACCCUCUGUACUAGUCCAUGAAGGUGGAAAUAGAAGUAAUUUUGUAGCAAAUUCGCCAUUUACAACAGGUGUACUGGUGCCGGAAGGAUUAUCCAUUCAUUAUGGUGUUGGUUCCGGCUCAACCUCUAGUGUUUUGUAUGCUGAGAAUAACAUGGUUCGAGCAAGCACUGCUCCUGGUCUGUCAGAUUUUUUCGCUGAAUCUUCAUUACCAAGCUCCCAAGAUGAUAAGGCUGAUGGCACCAAGGAACCAGAUUCUAUUUCCCCUGUAGUUUCAUGUAGAGAUAUGGCAACACAGAUGAGCCCUGACGACAGUACACAUUCCUCUCCCAAAGGAAGGUCCCCUUCAAUCCGAUCUAUAGAGGAGCCGAAUGAUAAGCAUUCAGCUAAAGUUGAGAUUAGAGAUGUACAGGUAGACAGAGGACCUCCCAUAUCCGGAGAAUUACAGAGAAAAGGGGUAAGGAAAACAAGGAAAGACUUGCAAAAUGCAAGUGACUCAAAUGUAUGCUGGGAUGUUGCAGAUGCAGAAAGGAGCUUGCCAAAGCUGCAAAGAGAGGAAGCCAGGAUUAAUGCUUGGGAGAACUUGCAGAAAGCUAAAGCUGAAGCAGCAAUCCAGAAGCUCGAGGUGAAACUAUCAAAGAAGAGGUCAGCAUCUAUGGAUAAGAUUCUGAACAAGCUUAAACUUUCUCAGUUGAAGGCUCAAAAGCUGAGAGGUUCACUCUCAGAAGGUCAUCCAACAACUUCAAAAACACUCUUCCCUUUUCAGAAGUACUUCAAGAUCACUUCAUUCAGCAGUUGUUUUUACUGUGGUGUCGAAUAGUUGGCGAUACCUUUCUUGAAAAUGCAACGAGGUCGGAUCAGUAUAUGAUUCUCGUCAUAGUUUGGAGUAUAUUUCAUUCUUGGUGAUCAAAGGAUGUCAUAGAAGACUGAUUAAAUUCAGUUUUGUCCAUGGUGUUGCUAAAUAUUCAAAACAGUAACACCAUCUCUGUGAAAACUCUUUUGUAAAACUGUUUUUGUAUAUGGUUAUAGAAGAGGUAGCAGUGAGGAACCAAA